GAUGAAGUAAAUUUAGAUGAUUUAUGUACAUUUUUUAGUAAUAUUAAUUCUAAAAGCUUGUCUGUGCUUUUGGAGAUUGUUAUUCCAUAUAAUGCGCAAGUGGUUUCUAAGAGCAUUCAAUUUGAUGAAUUUGGAAAUCCAGAAAAAAUUGAAACCAAAAAUCUUAAAAAUUUAAUUAGUUAUAAUACUUUAGGAACUGUGAGUAGUGAAGACACAUCAAGUGUUGAUAGCGAAGAAAUUGAGAAUGUGUCUGGA